CUUCUCUCCCCCCCCAUGACCCACCCCACCUGUAAGGGCAUAAAACCCUUCCCUCAAAACAGGUUCAUCAGUUUGUCACACAAGCUAACAGCGACUGAAACGGAUUCCGUGAGCAAUCUGAUCCAGAUCCACACAGCAAACAUGAACAGGAUCCUAUUUGGAGUCAUUGCGGCUUUGGCCGGCUUCAUUUUAGUGGACUCCCUCACUUGCAAUCAAUGCAGUUUCGGUAUCGCCGGCUUCUGUCUGUCGUCCACUGAAGUCACAUGCGAAACCAACACCUCCCAGUGCUUCACAGGGAAAGCGACUUUCUCCAUCUCCUCGGUGGGAUUCAACACUCAGGGCUGCAUCGAGUCCACCAGCUGUAACAUGACCACCAACAACACCCUACUGGGCGUAACGUACGAAGCGGUGGUCGAGUGUUGCUCCACGGAUAACUGUAACCCCGUACAAACGAGCGCGGCGACGCCUUCCGCUAAGAUAACGCUCACGACCGCCAUCGGGGCCGCCGUCCUCGCCUCCAUGUUGGGAAGCCUGCUCACACAACUUUCCGUGAGAAAGAAGAAGAGAUUUUGUGGAGGAGCUGUUGAUAAAACGACUGCGGGAAGUGCAUGGAUAUUUAGUUUUGAGGUUCCCCAAAUAGCUUGGAUGAAUUCGGUGUCGGAGAACUGUAGAUGUUCCCACAGACCGGUUUUCCAAGAAGACUGCUAUUUCGACACCAGAAACGCUGACUCCACCUUUCUCAUAAUUAACGCAGCAUACGGCCUGAACUGCCGGCAGUGCCCCGUCUCGCUGUUAGACAUCUGUUUGUUUGGAAGUGAUAUCACAUGUGACAAUUCCACCCAAGCAUGCUAUCGUGGAAAUGCAGUGUUCAACGGAACGUUGCCUGUCAGAUUGUACGCCCGCGGCUGCCUGGACGAAGACCUGUGUCAGCUUACGAUUAACGACAGCGCCCUUGGAGCACCGUUCACCGCCACCUUUGACUGUUGCGUUACCGAUCUGUGUAACGGGGCCACGCAUGUCCAGCUCUCCCUGACAAUGGCCGUCGGGGUGGCACUUUUUUCACUGUGGGUCAUGUAGGGAGGGGGUGAUCUAUUGUAUUGUAUUGGUGCUCUCCAUCAUGGCAGGGAAUACUGUAUCUUUUCUACUUUACAGGUUUAAUCAUACACUUCAGCGAACAACCCCCCCCUACUGCAGUACAUAUACAUGUAUGCGGUAAAGUAACACAAACAAAAAGAUGAAUAUAGAGUCAUAUUUUUUUGUUUUGGCAUCUACACAUAAUUAAAGAUGCAGCAAUCAAAAGAUCCACUGUGAUAUUUUGAU